GAUCAAAUUAUUUGUAUGAUGCAUCUUAUAUGACAUCUUAUAUUUUAUUACUUCGUUAUGGAUCAAAUACGUGUCUUUUUCUUAUUGGCUUGGAUUUAGAUUUAGCGACAGAAGUAUUUCUUUCCUCUAGCAAUUAGCAGAACUAGUAACUUUGUUAUUCCUCCCUUUUUCUUUACCAUAAUCUUGUUUUCAACUUUUAACUUUAUUAAUUAGUUCAGCAAAGUUGAGAUGCUAUUAUUUUUCACUACUCUUUCAAGCUGUUGCAGACUAUAAAACCAGGAUCAAUCAUCGACAUCAAUUUAAAGCAGCUUAAGAAAAAACUAUUUAUCAAUUUAGCAGAUUGAAAAAAGAAAAGGAGAGAUGACAACAGAAGUAGCUUUGGUUAUAGAUGAAGAACGUGUUAAGGAAAUGAAGGAGCUUUAUGUAAAGGCCUUGGAAAAUGAGCGGGAAAAGAUUAAAACACUGUAUCAGACCAAACAUUGUGCUUUAUUCGAUCCCCUCACUCCUUGCGGAGAUACUGUUUUCCACAUUGCGGCAUACAUGGGAAGCAAAGAUCUGCUUGAAGAUCUCUUGAAAAUGGUUGCAAUGCCUAGAAAAUGUGAAGUGUUCACGAUGAAGAACAGUCAUGGCAAUACCCUUCUCCACGAGGCGGUCGCGAGCAACAAGUUUAAGGCAGUAAAAUUCCUGGUUGAUGAGAUUGCACAUGAAGGACGAGCGAUGAGGAUGCUGAUGGACCGCAAUAAUUUAGGGGAGACGGCGCUAUACAGGGCUGCGGCAUUUGGCAAUAAAGCAACAGUGGAGUACUUAGUAAAUGAGGUGGAACAUCAAAAGGGAAAUCUGAAAGAUGAUCACUUCACGAGAAAAUCUGAUGGCCCCUCCAUUCUUCAUAUUGCUAUCAUGAAUGAAAAAUUCGAGACAGCUAUCUGGUUACUAGACAAAUAUCCAGAGCUGGCGACAGAGAAAUAUCAUGGGAAGACAUGUCUUCACAUUCUCGCUAGCAUGCCGACUGCUUUCAAAAGUUCUUCUUCCAUAAUGUAUGGAUUGGAGAUUAUAUAUAGAUAUAUUCCAGACAACUUAUUCUAUAGAGAUGAAAUUGAACAGGAUGUACCAAGUCAGAGCAGCAAGAGUAGCAUACGCUGUCUAACAAUGAUAAAGAAUAUACGUCUACCCAAGUUCGAUGAUCUUUGGCUGCAUCUAGCUGAAAGAUGGAAUUUUAUUAAGGAAAUUGGGAAAACAAAAAGGAAGCAUCGAUUUGCAGUUGACUUGGCCAAGAGGCUGGUAAAGAUGGAUUCUUGCUCGUGGCGUGAGCACUACAACAAAGAAGGGCACAACAACAUUGUUUGCUUUUCAGGAGACCAAGAAACAGGGGAGCCGUCGUCCCAAGCCAUAUGUCUUGGCACCACCGCCAAGAUGCUGGUAAAAAUGGAUUCUUCCACUUGGCGUGAGCACUGCGACGAAGAAGGGCACAACAUCAUUAUUUGCUUUUCAGGAGACCUCAGCAUCUAUGGGCUUGUGCAGUUCGGUUUGCAUGUCGCAUACCUCAAGAGUGCUUUAAUCGGCAUUUAUAGGCUCGUGAAGCUGCUUCUUCCCAAACCAAUAAUAUUGGUUCCAGUGGCGGAGCCAGGGGGUGCGAGGGGGGGCGCUCGGCCCUCCUGAAAUUUGAAAAUCUUGCAAAUUAGUAUAUAAAAAAUUAUCUAGCCUCCCCUGAACUUUGAAAAUUUUAGUAUUUUGCCCUCCCUGAAAAAAAUUUCUGCCUCCGCCCCUGGUUGGUUCGAAUGUUGAUUUAAAUGAAAGAAAUUCGAUCUU